AUGUCAGCAAUAUGACUGGACUGCGAUCCUGGUCAUGAUGAUGCAAUGGCAAUUAUUCUUGCAGCAUAUUCUGCCAAUUUAUUAGGAAUUAGCACUUCAGCUGGAAAUCAAACCAUACACAAAACAACUAGAAACGCAAUUAGGGUUUUAAGUGCAAUUGGAAAAUCUUAUAUUCCUGUAGUAAAAGGGCAGGCAGCUCCUUUAAUCCGCCCAUCCAUGGUAUGUGCAGAAAUACAUGGCGAAUCAGGGUUAGACGGCCUGAAUGACAAGCCGUUAUUUGAUGAAGUCGAUAUUAGCCAUAUCCAAGGUCCAGCCCCGCCUGUAAUGUAUGAACAAAUCCGACGAUAUUUCUAUCUCACAGGCCAAAAAGUCAGACUUGUAGGGACUGGGUGUCUUACAAACAUCGCUCUAUUGCUUGUUCUUUAUCCUGACGUGAAGAGCAUGAUUGAUAUUAGUAUAAUGGGCGGAGCCAUUGGAAUUGGAAAUAUCAGCCCUUCAGCUGAGUUUAAUAUUUUAUUAGAUCCUGAAGCUGCAAAAAUUGUAUUUGAAAGCGGAGUGGACUUAGUUAUGAUCCCCUUAGAAGUAACACAUACAGCCCUAGUCACAAAUGAAGUGCUGCAAAAAAUUGGAAAUAGCACUCCUUUUACUGCAAAAAUCUGUGAACUAUUGAAUUAUUUCAGAAAAAAUUACAAAGAAGUGUUUGACUUUGCAGAUCCUCCACUGCAUGAUCCACUUGCAAUUGCAUAUGUUUUAAGACCUGAUCUUUUUACAGGAAGAUCAAUGAGGGUUGACAUAGAAACUCAAAGUGAUUAUAGCUACGGACGAACAAUAUGUGACGUCUGAAAUAAAAGCACAAUGAAAAAGAACUGCUGGGUCGCUACAAAGGUAGAACUUGAUGGCUUUUGGGACUUAAUGAUCCAAGCAGUUGAACUCGCAGACUCUAGAUCAAGUUUAAACUAA